AUGAAUGCACAGAAGAAGGCAGCAGAUGGACUGCUGGAGGAAUGCCGGAAGAACUGUCACUGUAUUGAGACUAGCAAAGAAGCAGCAGUAGAACAAAAGAGUGAAACCCCGCCAGCCCCUGUCACAAAUGAACCAAAACCACCAGAAAAAGAGGAGGUAGACAGCAGCAAAGCUAAUGGACCCGCACAUGUGGAAACGACCCCUGAGCAAAAAACAACACAAUCAACAGAUGCUGAACCACCCAAAAAAGCUGCAAAGCCCAGUGGAGAUGAGAUGUCCAACUUCCUUGGUAAAAUGUUCAAAAAGAAGAGCGAACCCGUGAAACCUGCAGCAGAAAACAACGAUUCAGUUGACGCACCGGUCAAAGCGGUGGAUCUGAAAAUCGACAUGCAGCCUGAUCCAGUGGACAUAAAGACCAGCACGGAGCCAGAGCCGGAGGCUGAAGCUCUCAAACCCAGUCCUGUGGAAGCUGCAGAAGAAAAUAACCCGUCAGAGGAGGUCAAAGCAGCAGAAAAGACAGUUAUGAACUUUUUCAAAACAUUUGUCACUCCGACCAAAACAAGCAAAGAAGCCAAAGCCACUCCUGAUGCUUCAAAAGAACAGUCACAGAAAGAGACCCCACCAGCACCAUCAACAAAUGAAGCACCCAAGGCACCUCCUCCUCCUCCCCCAGCGCCACCUAAGAUGGAAAGCAAAGCAGAGCCGGCGGUGAAGAAAGAGGACACGUCUGCAACAAAAGCAGCGGCAGCAGCUGCAACAAAAGCAGAGGGAUCUGCCAAGAGCAAAACUAAAGAUAGUGCAUUAAGCAAACUCUUCCGUUCAAAGGUGUUGCUAGGCAAGGUGGUGUCAAAAGUUCAGGCGGCGACAACCAGUGGAGCCAGAGCUAAGACGUCAGGAGUGCCUGUUGUGGUGGAAGAGAAAAAGCCGGUUGAGGUGCAGGUCGACGCGUCUAAGAGCAGCACUCUCGAGGCCGCAGCCAAACCUGAAGAACCUCCAGCACCAAAACCAGAGGAGAAGAAACUAGAGAAAAAAUCCACUUUUGGAAGCAGGUUCAAACCCAAGGUACUGCUCGGCCAGGUGAGCAGCAGGAUCCAGGCAGCGGCGUCCAGCGCUGCCUCCAGCAUCUCCCUCAUGUCUGCUGCAGCGGCAACAGAGCCCAAGAAGGAGACUCCAGCUGCACCUCCCGUGGCAGAAGCCGCUCCAGCCGUGAAGGUCAAAGAGGAGGCGAAACCCACCGCCCCCGCACCACAAGCGGCCCCGGACAACAAAUCAGCCGAAAGCUCAGAGAACGCCUCCCCCAACAUGCCCCGCAGGCUGGAGAAGAGGAACUCCCUCCAGCUGUUCUUCAAAAACCUGGGCCAAAAACGCCAUUCUGAUGCCGGAGUGCAAACGGACCCUGUGGCACCCGAGAAGGCCAAAUAAAACCCCACCUUUGUUUUGAUCGCUCAUCUGUGCCAAAACCAUUGGCAGCCAUGCGCAUAAGAACAUAUUUACCAUAGUUGGGAGGUACUAUGCUGACUUGCAAGGCCCAAAUUUGAAGUAACUAUCAAAUAAUAAUCCCCAUGCAUUUAGUGAGAGCAGAAGCAAGUGUAAUGAUAUACCCCGUUAAGCAUGUGUUUUCGACUGGAGGGAGGAACUUGUGUUGUUUUCCUGCAGAGAACCGUGUCAGAGUUGCGUGGUGUGGCAUGAGAUGGAAAAGUGAAAGUGAAAAUGUAAUAUUGCAUUUAAGAUGAACUCCCUUUUCUGUGCAUGUUAAAAUGUAAAAUAUGUUAACUGUACUAACACUAUACUCGUAUCGCAUUGCAAUUCACAUGCAUUGUGCAUUAAAACCGUUGCAUUAAGAUGCCUUUUCACCGGGACAAAGCAAACAAUAUGCAUGUUUACAUGUGAAAAGAAAUUAUUUAUGUAAUCAUACACUAUCUGAUUGUGAAAACAAUGACCCAUCGUCUGCUUAUUUCAAUCACUGAAACCUACAAAGCCAAUUGGAAUUCCACUUAAAGUGCAAAACUUCUGAAUCACUUUAAUAGACCCGUAGAAAUCAAAAUAGUUUGUUUAACAUAAUGUCAAUCAGAUUAAGCACCAUAUACCAACUUACUUGGUUAUUUAAGUUUUCAUUAAAAAAAAACUACUUUUUGUUUAUUAAUCAUAACUUACUAACUAAACCACAUUACAUUUAUUGUCUUUUUAUAUGCUUGGCCGUCCAGUUCUGACCAGGGGAGACUAAAAGAAAUUAAGCUAGUUAAAUGUUUUAUUUUCUUUCUUAUUUUCUGAGCGUAUCACUUAGAGCAGUAUGAAAUAAAUAUGUGGUAUACAAUUAUGCAAUAUACAAUGUACAUUCAACUCUCUGCCGCAGUCGCAUGUGUUUUAUGAGUUUCUUCCUAUUUUUCUCUACGUUUGUAAAGAGUAGAUGGGCCUAAUUCAGACUAUAUCCAUGAAUCUUUCUGUAUCUCCUUUGUUGCAUUUUUGUCUAUUUAACCAAUUUAUCAAAAUAAAAGAAUCAUUUCUCUCCUCU